AUGCGCCAUUUUCCAACUCUAUCAUUUGCUUUUUACCUGGCUGCUCAGCCUCUAACACUGACCUCAGCCUCACCAUCUUGGUCUUCGCAUGCGUCACAGCGACUCCUUGGCGAUCAUGUCGCGGACGGCGCUCCUUUCCAUCCUGCUUUCGAUGCCUUCACAGAUCGUCUCAUGAAAGAGUGGCAUAUCCCCGGUCUGGCUAUUGCCGUUGUCCGCGAGAACAGAACAUGGUCCAAGGGUUACGGGUAUGCUUCUUUACCUGACGUGCCAUUCACGCCGCACUCACUGUUCCAGGGCGCCAGUACCACGAAGUCCUUCACGGCCUCUCUUGCAGCCUUAUUGGUACAGGACCAGGAAGACUAUGGCCACAUCCAGUGGAACACCCCUCUUCACGACAUCGUUGGUAAUGACCUUGUCCUCAAGGAUGACUACUUAACAACUCACAUCACCUUUGUCGACGCAAUGUCUCAUCGAACCGGUAUGCCUAGACACGAUGCCGUGUGGUACGACAGAGGACUAGACACCAAGACUCAUACACAUGUCAUGCGCUAUCUUGACACGAGUGCAAGCUUCAGGACAGUGUUUCAAUACUGCAAUCUGUUCUUCACUGCAGUCUCGCACGUCAUCGAAACCGUUACUGGAAGAUCGCAAGCCAUUUUGCUGCGUGACUGGAUUUUCGAGCCUCUCGGUAUGAACGAAUCUUAUUACUCUAUCAAUGAUGCUGCAAAGUGUCAGAUAGCAAAUCCUCGGUGCAAGCUAGCUGAUAGCUAUGCCUGGAACAAAGAGACAGGAUCUUAUGAGGCGUGGGCGCUGGACGUCCGAAAUCCUGCCGACGGAGCUGGAGGUGUUAUUUCCAAUGUCAUUGACUAUAGCAAGUGGAUUCGUGCUCUAAUGUACGAGGAAGGACCAGUUUCCAAAGACGGCCAUGCGGGACUGAAAUACCCUCUGUCCAUGGCAGGUGCAGAAGUUGCGCCCUUUGCGGGACCCUCUUGGUAUGGAAUGGGCCUUGAAGGGGGCGUCUAUCGCGGUACGAAGGUCUUUUCGCACAAUGGCGGUAUCAGUGGCUACGCAUCCACCAUGAAGUUCUUGCCCGAUCACAAAUUUGGACUUGUGGUGUUCCAGAACUCACAGAACAAUGCCAUGGAGGCCAUUGGAUGGCGAUUGAUUGACGAGUUCCUCGGUAUGGAAGAGAAAGAGUUCUACGACAUGAACAAGACGCAAUCAGAUAUGGCUAAAAAGCGUGAGGACCAGCUUGAAGCUCUGCCCUCAAUGCUUUACCCCAACGUGUCUGCGGUACCCGUACAGCCACAACUUCCACUGCAAGACUAUACAGGGAGAUAUGGCAAUGCUGCAUAUGGAGAGUUCAAUAUCACUCUCGACGCGCCUUCUGAUCUGCUAGACAAGUCAGAGCUCGAGUCAUCGGGCUCUGCGGAUCUACCGCUCUAUGCAACAUCCAAAGGUCGACAUGUGCUGUUCACAUUCCGACAUGUUUCUGCAGAGCACUGGCUGUUGGAACUCCGGAUGGUCAUCUAUGAUUCGAAGGUGGCCGACGAUUACAAGAAGGCUAAGUUUGAGGUUGGGGCAGACGGCAUUGUACAGAGGGUUGGGGCAGUCAUGGAAGCAGCAGUGCCUGGAGAUGAAGCGUGGGUGUGGUUUGAUAGAGUCGAGUGA